AUGAUGAAUUCUGGUAACGGGUACCAGCCGGACCCUCUAGGUUCGGUAGGUGCACAGUUCGAAGCAUUGCAUUUAAGCGGAGCGUCUACACCAAUGCUUGAGGGUGGAUCAUUGCAUUUGCACAAAACUCCUUCAUUACUUGACAACAUUGGCAUUCAGAGAGCCAAUUCCCCGUUUGUGAGUGUUGCGGACGACACUUAUCUUGCGCGCCAGCAAUUGCAUCAUCAACAGCCACAACAACCUCAUCCGGUACUACCGGUCCACUCACAUUCGUCAUCGUCUUUGGCUUUGGACUGGGCUCACCAAGGUAAGGCCCAAGUGCCGGCGAAUGGCCAUCCUCAAAAUGCUGCUUCAACGAUUGGCUAUGUGCCAAACUCGAUAGUCAGUGAACCUGUCGGGAUCCCGCCGCCUCCUGGAGUUUUCGCUCCGCGCAUUCCGAUCGUGGAGUCCCAAUGGAAGUAUAUUGAUUUUCAGGGUCUCAUUCAGGGACCAUUCCCCACCCAAUCCAUGACUAGCUGGCUUCAGGCAGGUUAUCUGCAAAGCUCCCUUCAAGUGGCACGCGUUGCGACUACCCCAGAGCCUUUUGGUGUCAAUGACACCUUCGCACCUUUGGGAGACCUCAUGGCCAAAGUCGGAGAUUUCACAGAUCCUUUCAAUAAGUUGGAUCUAAUUGUUAGCCAAGCCCAAACCAAAAGCGUACAGCAAUGCAACCCCAGUAGGCAAUUGGGCCUUGAUCCUCUCUCCUUGGGCACAACUGAUCCUAUGGUUAUGAGCUCUGUACCUGCGUCUUCUGCACCCGUCACUGACCCUAGCAUGCAGUCCCUUGAUGGAGAAUUUCAUGCUACAGUUCUUGAGACCAGUGAUUAUACACAUAACCAAGUUUUAGGUCUGCGUGAUAAUGAUGGUGGGUUUUACCAAGAGGUUGUGUCGCGCAUUCCUGUAGAUAAGUUUGUCGAAAAUCUAGACAAGAUUGACGCUCCUAGUAAGGCAACUGACGGACAAAUGAAAGGCCGCCAGCAGAUAGAUCAGGAAGCGGUCCAAAGAAGGCUCGAUUAUGAAGAGAGGCAGAAGAGAGAAAGAUCACUAGCCCUUGAAAGAUUAAAGGAACAGGAGCUCUUGAAACAGCAAAAUGAACUGGCGACAAGUUUAGACAAAAACAACAUUGAAGAGGCGCAGUCCCAAGAAAUAGUGAAUGUGCAGGCUGCGAACCAAGAGGAAAUCAAGCGCAAGCGUGCGGAAGAAGCAAGCCGGAAAUUGAUUGAGGAAGAAGAGCGAGCGGCAAAAGAAAAAAAGGAUGCUGCAGACCGUCGUAAGCGUCAGGAGUCCAAGAAGACGACCCAGGAAACAUCUGCACCAGCUCCGUCCCCCGCAACAAAGCCAGCUAAGCCAGCUCCUUGGGCAAGCAAGGCAGCGCAGCCUUUUUCAGGAUCUUCACUUGCUGAAAUUCAGCAGAAGGAAUCUGCUCAAAGAGCUAGCCGUAAACAAGAACACGAGGAACAGGCCCGCGAAAUGGCUGCAAAACUUCAAAAGCAGGUUUUGAACGAAGAAGCACCUGUUCCUAGGAUAGACUCUAUUGCAUCGUGGGCAAGCAAGAAAUCUGUUCCAGGCUCUCAAGGAGAAAACAAGCCACCCGUGAAGACUAUUGAACAGGUUCAAAAAGAACAACUCGAGCAAAAGAAGUUUUUGGCGGAACAGAAGAGGAUUUGGGAAGAAGCUCAGAAAACCGCGAAAAUCAAGGCAACUGGUACGCCCAAUAACGAGACUAAAGAAUGGACUACUGUAACCAAAAAGCAGGCCCUGCCUGUGAAAAAUAACAUCUCCAAAGCUCUAAACCAGCCUAACUCUUAUUUAAGUCCCGAUAAAUUAAGGGCUGUGAGUGCUAACACCAGCAAGCAAAUUGGGUCUUCCACAAGCAUACCCACGCUUAAAGCGAGAGCGAGUGCGAAGGUCCCGGCCUCUUACACUGGCAAUCAAUCAACUUCCAUUCGUCAAGAAUUUUUGAAGUGGUGUAAGUCACAAAUGAAACUGGCCCCGGAUGUAGACGUCAAUGGCGUUUUGGAAGUUCUUUUAAGCUUGCCUGCCGGUCCUGAGUCAAAAGAGAUUAUUGCAGACACAAUUUACUCCAAUAGUCUUUCGAUGGAUGGAAGAAGGUUUGCAACUGAAUUCAUAAAACGCCGCGUGGACUGUGAAAAUAAACUGAACGAUGCCCUGUCAUGGAGCGAAGCACUAAAAAUGCCUAAAGGUGACGUUGAAGACUGGGAAUUUCAGGUUGUCGGCAAAAAGAAAAAUAGAAAGCACUGA